UUUAAGUAUUGUAUUUUCACGAUACGGUGUUUUAUGAAAUUAAAUGCUUGAACAAAUUAAAAUGCCGGCCGAUGGUUACAAAGUGAAAGUGAUCUACUAUCUAAAUCCUCAUUUAAUAUGGAUUGAAGUGUGUGAUCCUAAUGUUACAACGGAUGAAUAUAUUUUUGAGCAAAUCGGUUUAUAUGGUAUUUUACCACUUGAAACAACCUUAGACAUUGAGGAAGAAGUGAUUAAGGUUCAAAAAUGUCAUGAUUGGAUAAUAGCAGCCACAACGUUAAUGACGAAUGAAUUAAAAGGUAGUACCGAAGUUUGGUUUACUCCAACAUACAUAGAUAGAAGAACAUCAAUAUUCGAUGACAACAUUCAUAAAUAUGGCGAAUUGAUAAUUAAAUCUAAAAAUGGUGAAUUAAAGCAAUUAUCAAAAUUGUUAAUUAAUUCAAACAUCGCUCAUUUUGAUGUCUGUGAAUUCCAUCAAAAACUUAGUUCAGGGGAGAUCAAAACCAAACUUUGCUCCAUUAAAACACAGAAUGUUGUAAAAGAAAUUGAGAAUUAUUAUACAAGGACGGCUAAUUCAAAGAUUACAUGCAAGAAAGCCAUCGCAAAACAAACAUCAGUGUUUCAAAUUGGUCAAGGCUUAGAGUCCGCACUGACUGUAUCCAAUCUUGAAAGGCAUAACAACAAAAUGUUAAACACUGUGCUUGAAAACAAAAUGAAGGACUUGGAACUUUGUAAGGACGUUGAUGAUGAAUCUAUAGGCUGCGGUUUUAGAAAAUCAAAAGACAGGACACUUGAAACACUGUCCUUAUCAUCAGUUACAAUUGAUUCUAAAUGCAAUGACACUCAAGAACUUGAUCAGACUUUUAAAGAUAUUAAAGUCUUUUUAGACGCAAAUGCAAAAUCUAAUAAUAACCCAUCAGGAAAUGUGCCUGAAGCAGUCAAAAUAAGUGUUGAUGUUAAAAAACCUCAUGGCUCCAUGUUAAUUAAGAAAUUAAAAAUAAUGAAUCAGGCUGAUAGAGAUAAAAUCAACAAAGUCCGAAUGAAACAUAAGUUAAAUAUUGAACAACAGAUUGAUAAAACAUCAAUCAGUACCGUGAAGCCCAUAGAACAGAAAGAUAGACCUAUUGAAAGUAAUGACCGAAAAAUGCAAGUUGUUUAUGAUAAGGACGAUGUGAAAAACGUUGCUUAUGGACCUCCAGGGAUGGACCCUAAACUGUGGAAAAUCGAGGUAGUAAAGCAAGACAGUCAAGGUGAUGUCACAGAAGUAAUUAAUGUUGGCGAUGUUAGUGAGGAAAUGGAAAGUGAAAGCCGCAAUCUCAUAGGUGAAGUUGAUUCUGAAUUGAGUUUUGAAAUAACAAAUAAGAAAACAUUGUCCGAAUAUUGUAAUACUAAACUAAAAAAUGAGGUUACGUCAGAGUUAAGUAGUGAUAAACAACUGAAUGUACAAGCUAAUAGUAAAGUUGCAUUAAGCUAUGACAAUGAUGAUUCAAGUGAGAUACACAAAUCAUCUACAAGUUCUUUACUUUUAAAUAAAAAAUUAAGAGCGUACAGCAACAUGUCCAAACGAAACCGUAGUUUGUCUGGCUCUGACACAUCCAAUAAGGACUCGUCGAGUGUCUCCGAUACUAACAGUUGUUUGGAAAAAGAUGUAAACGAUGACGUACGUGACGUCAUUAAAAGAAUAGCCGAACAAUACAAAGUUAUACCAUCCGUAAAAAAUAAAAAAAAACAAAAUGAUGUAACACCGACCAGAUUGAAAAUUAAUGUUAAUCCAUUUAAAAAUAUUGAUCCCAAUAUAUCCGUUUUUGUUGAUAAACUCGUUGCGCCUAUCCUUUUAGUACAUACUAAAAAGAACAAACGUAUCCAACCGAUAUUUGAGAUGAGAGAUGUAUUUUUUAACUCUCAUAUUCAUAUCGUACUCAAAAAUAUGUUAAUUGAACAUCCAAUGAUGGUGCAAAGUGUAUCUUGGAAUACAAUAUUAAGAGGUCACAGCCUUUUCAUGAUAAGUCCUCCCAAUAGUGGGAAAACUUUGGGCUAUUUACCAGCUGUUUGUCGCCUUAUAAGCGAUGUGUACACUGGUAAUGUUGAUAGUGUAGGUCCACUUUGCAUUAUCGUUUGUGCGACAGCAAAGUCCGUUACUAUUGUCGAAGAAAUGGCGAAAAUGUUCCUCGGAUUAGACGAUAAAAUAUUAGCGUGUUAUGCGGGUGUCGAAGAUUUUUAUAUCACGUCAAAGUUGUUGAAUGGCUGCGAUUUAUUAAUAUCUACACCGGCAUCUCUUAUACGGUUAAUGCAACUCUGCGAAUUCGGAGUUGACUUUCGUCGUCUGUCAGUUUUCGUAUUCGAUGAUUGCGAACGUCUCGCGGUUACGUAUGCGGAUGAAAUCAAAUUCUUUCUAUUUAAAAUUAAAGAGACAGUUUCGUCUAGAGCUAAUAAUGAGUUGAAAGUUCAAUACAUACUCGCAUCUCGCGUAUGGUGUGAUUUUUUCCAACCCCUAGCAAAGAAAACGCCAGAUACGGUAAUAUCUUUUAGCGCGUUCCAAGAAUGUGUUCCAUAUUCGAAAGCCGACACAUCUGUUAGUUUCGUCGAAAUUGAAAAUAAAAUAAAUAUGGUAUUCGAGUUUUUACAGGGUAUUGAUGAAUCUAAGAAAACGGUUAUAGUUUGCAAAUCGGAUGAUGAAGUCGAUUUAUUAGAGACCGCUUUAAAGCGAUCUAAACGCGUAGUAUUCGCGUGUAAUAAUAAUAUGACAGUUCAUGAUUUAUACAACCUUAGCAUUUCGUGGGCGGAAUUCGAAGAACCGUUAGUAGGUCCGAUACUUGUGUGUUGUGACGGGAAUUUGACCCAUAUGAACAUAACAGAUGCUCAUCAUUUGAUCCAUUAUUCUUUGCCACAGUUAUUUUCAAUGUUCUGCAAACGUUUCUGUGUUCUAAAUGACAAUUAUCCAUCUAUAUUCAAAGAUGAUAAGAAAUGUAUUAAAAUCAAAAUUCUCUUGGACGGCUCAAAUGUUGAGCAGCUACCGAAGAUAAUGAACUUUAUUAAACGCUGUACAAACAAUAGCCCCAAAUUCUUGGAUGAUGUUUGUAAUAAAAUUCUAAAAGACAAAGACUGGAUCAAAGCUAAAAAUUAUAUCCCUAUUUGCAAUAAUUUGCUUAUGUUCGGUACUUGUCCAGAUAUUUUCAAUUGCAAAGAAAGACAUACGAUUAUAAAGGAAUACGAUUCACCGCUAGAGUGGAUGCCUAAAGAUGGAAUUAUUACGUUUAAAAUCCUCCAUUAUCACUCAGCUAUUUUAUAUUCCGCGAGGCUUUUGACUAAUGUUGUUAAUGGUGUCGUCACUAAGUAUCCACAAUCAUAUAGUUCUCUUUUCAUAAAGAUGGGUAUGUAUUACAGCAAAGAGUCGAAUAGGAGACUUCACGGUAUUCCAAAAAUUGGAGAUGUUUGUGCAGCAUCCGUGAAACUAAAUUUCUACGUGCGAUGUCAAGUUGUGAAAAUUUUAAGCCAUUAUCAGAAUGGUAAUCCCAAUAGCGUACUAGUAAAUUUGAUAGAUGAAGAGAAAUAUGAAAUAACAAGAGAUAUUUAUCUUUAUUAUCUACCUGAAGAGCUAAAAGAAAUAAAAACGCCUGUAGUGCAGGUCAGAUUAGCCAACGUAGAACCUAAAGACAAAGAUAUUACAUUUUCAAAUCUAGCAGUUGAACAAUUUAAGAAAAUAACUGAUAAUAAUGAUCUAUUCAUCAAAGGACACGUAUCUCUGACACUUGGUAACUGUGUUUUUGUUGACACCUUGGAAGUGUGCCAAGAGUUAACAUCUUUAAAUGAAACUGUUGUGAAAAACAAUUUAAAACAAGAACUCUUAGAGAAUCAUGCUCAACUGAACCCAGAACGUCUUCAGCAACUAAAAAAACUAUGUACCGAAAGCGGUAUAUGCUAUACAGAAAUUGUAAAAGAGCCCGAAAUUCAAAAUCCAGUUAAAAAUCUUCCAAAAGGAUCAUGGGCACAUUUAGAGUCUGGUAUAUUAAGCACAGUAUUUUUAUCUUCUGCUAAAAGUCCUGAUAAGUUCUUUGUGCGUCUCAAUAAAUUUGAAUCUUGUAUGAGCGUUUUACUGCAAGACAUUAAAGAAUAUUCUGAAGCUUAUAUCUCUAAUAACGAGCUCAGUAAAGUAAAAGAGGGUGAUUUGGUUUUAGCUGAAUUCCCCGACGAUUCGACAUACGAACGAGCAAGAAUCGAUGGUAUAAAUGAUGACAAAGCAAAAUGUUUCUUUUUAGAUCAAGGAGACUGGAUAGAAAUACCUAUGGAGCAUAUUAUUCCAAUUACUGAGAAAUUUAUAAACAAACUACCAUUCCAAGCAAUUGAAUGCAGAUUGAUAGGAAUCGAACCGCCCGGUGAAGAGUGGUCGGAUUUCAGUAAAAAUUGGUUUUGCAAUAAUUGUUUCGAAGAUAAAAAUGGUGAUUUGAAGCAUUUGUACAUUAAAUAUUUUACAAAAGAAGCGGCUGAAUUUACUGGUGGGUACAAAUAUGGUGUGGCUUUAAUAGACACAAAUACACCUAACGAUGUCGUUAUAAAUCAACUCAUGAUUGACCUUAAUCUGGCCAAAGAGAAUAUUAAAGAAAGAGAGUACCUUAACAAGUUGCUUCCAGAUGCAAAAGAGUCUGGUCACGAACAGACAUUUGAAGAAGAAAACUCGUAUCUUAAUUUGCAUCCAGAUACAAAUGAGUCUGAUCACGUAGAAACAUUUGAAGAAGUGGAAAACGAAGAUGAUGAUGAAAAGAUGACUAAAAUUAAUCAGGACAGAGGUAGCGCUGGGAAUAGUACAGUUCAAAUACCGCAACCAAUCAGAUCUGUUCCAUUGGUUGAUUCGGAUUCAAGUGAUUUCGAACGAUGGGAUGUUAAUUUGGACCAAAGUGUUCUAAGUACUCUAUUUCCAAGAAUAAAUUCUAAUAUCCAAGCCAAAGUAACUCAAGAUACUGAUGAUGACGUCAGCACAGAUGAAAAUCAAGUUAUACCAUUUCGUUCAAGAGAAACUAAUACAGAAGUUAAUAUACAAAUUAAACAAAAUGACCCGCAAGAAUUAGACUCUGAUGAUUUUACUUCGUCAGAGACAUCACAAACAUUUAACGUAUGUAACGAUAAACAAAAUUUGUUAUCAGUUGUAGAACAGAAAAGGCGACCAAAACUGCUAUGGCGUCAGACAAAAAAUGUUGUCUUUGUGAAAAUUGAAUUGAUUGCUGUCAAAGAAUACGAUCUCGAGUUUGACGUUCGAAAUUUGAAAUUUAGUUGUAAUUUAAAUGACGCUACAUAUGAAUUUGAUAUUGAAUUAUACGGCGUGAUCGAUAGAGAUAAAUCUUCUCAUCUGAAAACCGGGUUCAAUAUAAUCGUGAAACUGGUAAAAGUUUUGAAAACGAAAUGGGUGUCGUUGACUAAAUCGUUUGACACAAAAAAUUGGAUUGCAUAUGAUGCAGAUUCUAUUGACACAUCGUCUGAUGAGGAAGAAGUUGAUAGGAGCACUAUGGAAAAUAUAAUAAAGGUGAUGCAUGGGACUGAUGAUGAAUCGGACGAUGAUGAGUUUUUAGACGAUGUUAAUUAUGAAUAUGGCAAACAUAACUAAUUGCAUUUGCAAAGUGCUGUCUAAAUGUUGUGAUGAAAAAUGUUCUAGUCAGAUAUUAAUACAACUAUAA